AUGGUCACUGGGACACAUCAACAACUGUCGAGGUUUCAGCUCGAGGAAAUGGACAUAGCAGGGUCCACAUUGCCUAUCUCGGGUGCAAUCAAGUUGCUUGGGGUCACUUUUGACAGACAUCUAAAUUUUGAUAAACACAUAUCAAAAAUCGUCAGAUUCUAUCCCUUCUGCGCAAUAAGACAUAUUAGACAUACGAUUACAUUCCUUACCUUCAAAACCUUUUUAUUAAAAUCCCCAACAUAUCUAUACGACCUCAUAUCCAGACAUGAACAUACUAGAUCACUCCACAGCAGCUCAACAGGUUUCUUAAACAUUCCCGUUGCCGGAUCCCGCCUGGCUGGCCGCGGUUUUUGUCACGCUGCUCCGUAUGUCUGGAAUGCGUUACCUCCUGAGUUAGUUCCUCGUUGA